AUGCGGCGGUUCCUCUCCCUCAGCAGUGGCCUCCUAGCCGCCUCGCUUGCUAAGGCCACCUCCUCUUCCUAUGAAAACAACCUAGCCUACAGCUCCCCCUCACGCCGGCACCCCAGCCUCGGCGUGCCUCUCUCACAUGUAGUGAAGCGUCAGGCGGAGCUGUUCACCCCCGAGGAGGUCGAGUUCACGCACGGCAUUGCCUCCGGUGAUCCCUACGAGGACUCGGUCAUCCUUUGGACGAGGCUUGCGCCUACGGAGGAUAGUGUCGCGUCAGAGUUUGUGCCGGAGGGGGUUGUGCCGGUGUAUGAUGGGACGGAGGGGGCGGUGCCAGAGACGAAAGCAGCUUGUGUGGAGUGGAGGAUUGCGACGGAUGAGGAGUUGAACAAUGUGGUUGAUCAAGGAAGGGGGUAUACGACGAGCGAUGUGGAUUAUACGGUGAAGGUAAAGAAGAUCGAGGCGAUUGAUGUGACCAGCGAUGCUGACGGAGUGCAGUUUGAAGCCAAAGGCCUACAGCCUUUCACUACCUACUACUACCAGUUCAACGUCUGCGAUUCAGACAAGGUCAGCCUGGUAGGACGGACCAGGACACUCCCAGCGAGGAGCCAGAAAGUCCCGCGUGACGUUAACUUUGCGGUCUACUCCUGCUCCAACUAUCCCGAGGGAUACUUCAAUGCUUACGCCAAUACCGCACGCAAGGACACCAUCGACUAUGUCCUGCACCUAGGCGACUACAUCUACGAGUACCAAGACUCCUCCCACCUGCGCACACCCCAACCCGACCGGGAGACCUACACCCUCUACGAUUAUCGCCGCCGUCUGGGCACCUACCGCACGGAUGAAGACCUCCUGACCCUCCACUCGAUAUAUCCCUUUAUCACGGUGUGGGACGACCACGAGGUCGCCGACAAUUCCUGGAAGAACGGCUCCCACAAUUCCGAGGGGGAUGUUUUUCUUAAGCGGAAAGAGGCUGCCGUCAGGGCAUAUUUUGAGUGGAUGCCGCUGAGACAGGUAGAUAUGGAUGAUACGUUGAGGAUUUGGCGGAACUUCUCUAUUGGCAACUUGGCUGAUCUCAUGAUGCUGGAUACCAGGCAUUAUGCGAGGGAUUUGACUGUUGUCGGGGGGAUUAUUGGCAUUGGACCCGGGGGGAAUAUCGGCGAUGUGGAGGACGUGGUUGAUGACCCCAGCCGCACGCUCAUGGGGUUCAAUCAGGAAGCCUGGUUCUAUGACCAGCUGAGCCAGUCCUCUGAAAGGGGGGCUCGGUGGCGGCUGGUUGGGACGCAGGUCGUGUUUAGUCACAUCGGUCUCGGUAUCUUCAACAACCGGCCUUUCAACCGUGACCAGUGGGAUGGUUACCUCGCGAACCGCGACCGCAUCUACCAGCACUUGGCUGACCACUCUAUCAACAACACUAUUAUACUAGCAGGCGACUCCCAUGCGUCGUGGGUCUCCGACCUCGCCUGGAUCAACAGGCGUGACUACAACAAGGACACCGGGGCGGGCAGCUUCGGCGUUGAGUUUGCGGGCACCGCGGUAUCCAGCCACUCUGUGCUAGGCAGAAACUUCCCUAACUUCCUGAGCAAGUUGCUUUCCAAGUGGCUGGUGAGCGCGAACCCGGAGCUGCAGUGGCAGGAUCUGUAUUAUCGCGGAUAUUUUGAAUUGAGUGUCGGGUAUGAGGAGGUGAAUGCACGGUUUUUUGGAAUCCCGGAUCCGUAUAAGAGGAAGAAUGACGAUGAGAUAUUGUUGGCCGAGUUUAAGGUUUAUAGUGGGGAGAAUAGGCUGGCGAGGAGUCCGACGGUUGGUGGGGGGGUUGCGAAGGCGGGGGCGUUGAAAAAUGGGAAGGUAGUGUCGCCUUAA